GACAUUUUCACUAGAGGACAGCGAUAAUCCCCUGUGUCACUGUACUUGGGGAAAGAGGCGCUGGUUCUGGACUCCGUGAAGGAGCUGUAGUUUAGUCGCUGUGAACAGUGACCCAUCCAGUGGAGAGGUGGAAACCACUGUUUGCGGAGGGCAGAGCUGAAGCUGGGUGGCGCUCUGCAAUCCACAAGACUGUAUAGAGGACAGUGAGAGAGGCGGCCACCGGCUGUAGGAUCCGCGUCAGGCAGUACAGAGGUGGCAGCGAUUUGGAUGGGAGGAGUUACCAGUCCUGCCAGUGAAAAAGUAUUCCUGCUGCGCGGAUUGGAGAAGCUUCUCUCAGUCCCAUAUUCUACUAGUGACGUAGGAGGUGGUGACAUAGUAAGGUCCCAUCAUCUCAGGUGGUUGUACAGCCUUAUGAAAAACCCAGACAGAUUUGCCGUGUCCAUGAUACGUCCCGCUUUUUAUAAGGAGAGAAAGAAAUUAACUUUUUUCUAGUUCAGUUUCAACCACCACAAAAGAUGAAUCCCAGUGCUCCCAGCUACCCCAUGGCAUCCCUGUAUGUCGGUGAUCUCCACCAAGAUGUAACAGAGGCUAUGCUGUAUGAAAAAUUCAGUCCUGCCGGUCCUAUUUUGUCAAUCAGAGUAUGUAGGGACAUGAUUACACGUCGGUCUCUUGGCUAUGCUUAUGUUAACUUCCAGCAACCAGCUGACGCUGAGCGUGCUCUGGAUACCAUGAACUUUGAUGUCAUAAAAGGCAAGCCUGUCCGCAUUAUGUGGUCUCAGCGAGACCCAUCUCUUCGAAAGAGUGGAGUUGGCAAUAUUUUCAUCAAAAACCUUGACAAAUCCAUUGAUAACAAAGCUCUCUACGAUACAUUUUCAGCCUUUGGAAAUAUCCUGUCUUGUAAGGUCGUAUGUGAUGAAAAUGGAUCAAAGGGCUAUGGAUUUGUACAUUUCGAGACCCAGGAAGCUGCAGAAAGAGCCAUCGAUAAAAUGAAUGGCAUGCUUUUAAAUGACCGCAAAGUGUUUGUUGGUCGUUUUAAAUCGCGCAAAGAGCGAGAAGCUGAACUUGGAGCCAGAGCUAAAGAGUUCACCAAUGUUUAUAUCAAGAACUUUGGGGAAGACAUGGAUGAUGAGCGGCUUAAGGAAAUGUUUGGCAAAUAUGGACCAGCGCUUAGUGUUAAAGUUAUGACUGAUGAAAGCGGGAAGUCUAAAGGAUUUGGCUUUGUCAGCUUUGAGAGACAUGAGGAUGCACAAAAAGCUGUGGAUGAAAUGAAUGGCAAGGAUAUGAAUGGCAAAGCCAUUUAUGUAGGUCGAGCCCAGAAGAAGGUCGAGAGACAAACCGAGCUUAAGCGAAAGUUUGAGCAAAUGAAGCAGGACAGAAUUACCCGGUAUCAGGGUGUCAAUCUCUAUGUUAAAAACCUUGAUGAUGGUAUUGACGAUGAGCGACUGCGAAAAGAAUUCUCGCCUUUCGGUACAAUCACCAGUGCUAAGGUAAUGAUGGAAGGUGGACGCAGCAAAGGGUUUGGCUUUGUGUGCUUCUCGUCGCCAGAAGAGGCAACAAAAGCAGUCACAGAAAUGAAUGGUAGAAUUGUAGCCACCAAGCCCCUGUAUGUUGCUCUGGCACAACGCAAAGAGGAACGACAAGCCCACCUCACCAACCAGUACAUGCAGAGGAUGGCUAGUGUCAGGGCUGUACCCAAUCCAGUCAUCAACCCUUACCAGCCACCACCCUCCAGCUAUUUCAUGGCCGCUAUUCCACCGGCUCAGAACCGUGCUGCAUACUAUCCGACUGGACAGAUUGCUCAAGUUAGGCAGAGUCCCCGCUGGGCAGCUCAAGGUGUUAGGCCUCACCCAUUCCAGAAUAUGCCAGGAGCCAUCCGAGCGGCUGCUCCAAGGCCGCCAACAUUCAGUACAAUGAGACCAACAUCAUCUCAGGUCCCACGUGUGGUAUCAGGUCAGCGUGUUGCAAAUACAUCGACCCAAACAAUGGGUCCUCGGCCUACAGCGGCGGCUGCUGCAGCGGCAACAUCUUCCGUGCGCUCAGUUCCUCAGUAUAAGUAUGCCGCUGGAGUCCGCAAUCCUCAGCAGCACCUUAAUACUCAGCAGCAAGUCGCUAUGCAGCAGCCUGCUGUCCAUGUGCAAGGGCAAGAGCCCCUGACUGCCUCUAUGCUGGCCUCUGCUCCUCCGCAGGAACAGAAACAAAUGCUUGGUGAGCGUCUCUUCCCGCUGAUUCAAGCCAUGCACCCCACUCUGGCUGGUAAAAUUACUGGGAUGUUACUGGAGAUUGAUAACUCUGAACUGCUCCAUAUGCUCGAGUCUCCUGAAUCCCUCCGCUCCAAGGUUGAUGAAGCUGUUGCUGUGCUGCAAGCCCACCAGGCCAAGGAAGCUGCACAGAAAGCUGUGAAUAACGCUACUGGAGUGGCAGCUGUCUAACAUGCAUGCAAACGGGAAACGUCAAAAAAACUUCCAGUUCGUUGGAGGAAAAUAUCAAAACAUGGAAAAAUUUAAAUAUUGCAAAAACACGGCAAAACAUAAAAUCAAAUAAAAAAGGAAAGGAAACGUCAAUGCUUACGUACAGACAAAUGCCAGGUCUGGCAUAUCACUGCUAGUCCUAGAUAUUUAAAAAACAAAAAAAAUUGCAAAAUGUAAAAACAAACAAUGGUUUUUUUAGACCUGGGGGAAGGCAUUUUGAACACAGUACGAGAAGUUAAGCAUUCCUUUCUUUGAUUUUGUAAUUCUUUACUGUGGAAAAGCUCAGAAUUUCGCCACUUGAUAGCUUGUGGGAAAGAUAGCUGGGCAAAGACAUAAUUUGGAUUAUAAAACUAUUACUUUAAUAAAAAUUUAAACAUU